CAGGAGGAGGAGGGGCCAGCAAAGCGAAAGGAAAAUCCGACGCGCUCUCAUGGUUCUGUGGCCGUGCGCCCUCUUAAUCCUGCUUCCCUUUCUCGGGGAUGGCUCCCGCUCCGCAUUUGCAACGGCAAAUCUCUCCCUCCCCUUUCGCAAUCCCAGGGGCAGCGAGUGGAAGAAACAAAGCGCCUUGCGGGAAAGUAUUAAGAGAAUUAAGCAUUGGAAUUCAUUAUCAUUCGGUGACAAUAUUACUGCUUUGUAUGGAAUAAAUCAAUUUUCUCAUUUAUCUCCUGAAGAAUUUAAAGCUAUUUAUCUACAAAGUAGAUCUUCUAAAGUUCCCAGAUACGUUCCUCAAGUUGCAUUUCAAGGAACAGACUCAUCCUUGCCAGCAAAGUUUGAUUGGAGGGACAAGAAUGUUGUUACAGAAGUGAGAAAUCAAGGACAGUGUGGUGCCUGCUGGGCUUUCAGUAUUGUCAGUGGAAUAGAAUCUGCUUAUGCAAUUAAAAGAAACACUCUGGAAGAACUCAGUGUACAGCAAGUCAUUGACUGUUCAUAUAAUAAUUAUGGUUGCAAUGGGGGUUCAACUAUUAGUGCGCUGAGUUGGCUAAAUAAGACACAUGUGAAACUGGUGAGAGAUUCAAAAUAUCUGUUUAAAGCUCAUACAGGAUUGUGCCAUUACUUCAGACGUUCUGAUUUUGGAAUCUCAAUAACAGAUUAUGUUGCAUAUGAUCUAAGCAAACAUGAAGAUGAAAUGAUGAAGAUGCUGAUUAAAUGGGGUCCUUUGUCAGUAGUUGUAGAUGCACUUAGCUGGCAAGAUUAUCUUGGUGGUAUCAUACAACAUCACUGUUCUAGUGGGGAACAAAAUCAUGCUGUGCUUGUAACUGGUUUUGAUAGAACAGGUAGCAUUCCCUAUUGGAUUGUGCGGAACUCCUGGGGACAUACAUGGGGAAUAAAUGGCUAUGCUCAUGUUAAAAUGGGUUCUAAUAUUUGUGGUAUUGCUGAUUCAGUUUCUGCUGUAUCUGUAUGAAUUAGCUGCUAAGGAUUUGUGGCAAAUAUUGGAGACACUAGUUUAAUAAUGAAGAAUUAAGAAAGGACUGUUGCCAAUGUUCAGAUAGUAUCAAUCCUUGGAUCUGAGAACAAUCUUCCAGCCAGCUCCUCAAAACUAGUUGCUGAUUUCACAGUUUAUCCCUUUUUAAUUAUUGUUUGAUCUACUACCGGUAGCAUAUUAGAGCCAUGAUGGCACAGUGAUCCACCUGCCAGGGGUUCGAUCUUGACCGGCUCAAGUUUGACUUAGCCUUCCAUCUUUCCGAGGACAGUAAAAUGAGGACCCAGAUUGUUGGGGCAGUAUGUAAACCAUUUAGAGACAGCUGUAAAAGCACUAUGAAUUGGUAUAUAAGUCUAAGUGCUAUUGCUAUAUUGGCUGUGCUGCAGAAUAUAUGAAGCAACUUCAAAAAAUAUUUUUUAGAAACUAUUUUCUUUGAUACUCUGCUACUACUGAGAUUUAUUUACUCUUUUUUGUAAUUUUUUAUAUUCUACUGGAAAACCAUUUGGGAUUAGAAGCAUAUUUCUGUGUAGUUUUUGCUUCUCUAAUUAUGAAUUUGAUUCAAAUUGAAUAGAAUCCUACAAUAAUUGGAAUUGCCAAUUUGGCAAAUAGUAGGGGAUGGAAGCUUUUUAUACGGUACAUAUAUAGAUAUAAUUUUGAAGUGUUUUCAAUUAAUAGUUGAUCACAGUUGGAAUAUUUCUUAACAGUUUAAUAAGUUUUAAUUAAAUGUCUCAAAAAGUCAUAUGAAACUUUUGUAUAUUCAUGUCAAUAUCAUCUGAUA